AUGCUGGUACUGGAGGCGCUGGAGCUGGAGGUACUGGAGGUACUGGAGGUGCUGGAGGUGCUGGUCUUGGAGGUGCUCGUACUAGAGGUGCUGGAGCUGCCGGAGCAGGUGGUGCUGCUGGUGCUGGAGGUGCUGGAGGUGCUACUGGAGCUGCUGGCACUAGAGGUGCUGGAGGUACUGCUGGUGCUAGAGGUGCUGGCGCUGCCGGAGCUCGUGGUGCUGCUGGUGCUGGAGGUGCUGGAGAUGCUACUUGAGCUGCUGGUGCUGGAGGUGCUGGUGCUGUUGGUGCUGGAGGAGCUGGAGCUGCUGGUUCUGCCCCACGCCGACCGUUUUUCUACCUGCAGCCGCAGUCGUCCCUGCCGCCGCCUGACUUUGUCCUUCGCCAGUCUCAGCCACAGCUACUACCUGGCUCCCCGCUGCCUGCGCCUGCUCCUCACACUGAGGUGA